UACCUCUCUCUCCUCUUUCAUCACCUUUCCAUGUCUACCUUUGUCUUCCUUUAUAUAUUCUCUUCCUCCUCCUCCGCCAUCUCCUAUCCCCAUUCACUCUACCUCUCUUCAUACUCUCAAUUUUCUCUCUGCCUGUCAACCCACGAUACCUCUAAAUCACUCCAUGAAGCAGCUCAUCCGCCGCCUCUCUCGAGUCGCCGACUCUUCCCAGUACAGCCUCCUGCGUUCCGAUACACAAUCCCGCACUUGUUCCGCUUCUAGGUCGACGCGCAGGGCGGACUCCUUCCGGUGUUUGGUCAAACCGGUACGGCGAGCCGGUGGAGGGAAGUCAGUGCCAGAAGGUCAUGUUCCUGUAUAUGUCGGCGCCGAGAUGGAGCGGUUCCUGGUGAGUGCAGAGUUGCUGAAUCACCCGAUCUUCAUCGGCUUGCUUAACAAGUCUGCUCAAGAAUACGGCUACGACCAAAAAGGAGUGCUGAGAAUUCCUUGUCACGUGCUGGUUUUUGAGCAAAUCAUGGAAGCGCUUCGACUAGGCCUUGAGUCCCGUGAGCUGGAAGACCUCCUGAGUUCAUUGUUCACGGAUGACUACUUGUGAAUUAGGGCUUUUUGGCGAGAUCCUUGGUAUAUUUAUACAUAUAAAAAUAUACACAGAGAGAUCAAAAUCAAGAGAUCUUUUUAGUUUUGCUUUCUGGUGUAAAUAUCAGUUGUUAUUUUUCCAGGUGUUGGGGCUUUUUUUUCCUGUCCUUUGUAAAAAUCAGGGGCUGAAGCUUCAACGGAAAUUUACUUAAUGUCUGCUUCUUCUUGCCCUAA